AUGGCGGCGCUGGCGUGGGGCGGCGCGGGGGCGCUAACGGCGUUAUCUGUCGGCGUGUACACGCACCGCGACCGCGCCCCUGGCUGGAUGAGCAAGCCGUCCUUCUUCGAGACGCGCACCUGCUUCGUGGAGUACGUCUACUCCGCCAGAGACCACCACGCUCGCAAGCACGGCGCGGGGUCCGGGCGCGAGCUGGGCGCUCUGUGCUACUACUACGCGCCGAUGGCGCUCCUGGUGGCCGGCAACGCGGCGUGCCUGGCGCUGACGGCGCUGCGCGUGCGCAGCCUGCGCAGAAACUCGUCGCUGGUGCUGCGCGAGGGCGCCCGCUCCUCCCCCGCGCUGCGCCCGCUGCGCACGUGA